AUGGGUGGCUCGAGUCGUGAAGGCGGCAAAGUCAAGCCCCUUAAGCAGCCCAAGAAGGACAAGAAGGAUGUCGACGAUGAAGACCGCGCGCACCAGGAGAAGCUGCGUGCUGAUGCCAAGGCGAGAAAGGACAUGGCCGACGCUCUGAAGAAGGGCAAGAAGAAAUAA